GUGGAAUAUUCCUUUAUCUUAUAUGCUCACACAGCACGAUGUACAACAUAGCCGUGUUGGGGGCAGGCAUCAUUGGCGUGUCGACAGCCCUAAAUAUACAGAAGCAACUUCCAUCAGCUAGGGUAAAAAUAAUUUCGGAAAAAUUCGGCCAGGAAACUACCAGUUGGGGCGCUGGAGGAUUGUUCCGACCCACCGCCAAGUUUAUUCGAGGAGUCCCCGAAGAGACAAUACGAAAAUGGUCACGUACAGGAUGGGAAUUUUAUUCCUCCCUAGCUGUGUCCGACAAAGCCAAGGAGGCGGGUAUGCAGAUUGUCAGUGGUUACAUACUUAGUCAGACAAAAGUGGAGAAUCCAGUAUACAAAGAUGUCGUUUACACCUUUCACGAACUGAGCAGAGAGUCAAAGCUAAAACUGGGAUUUGGUCAUUACAAUUACGCUUAUAUGGUGACUACAGUUAUUGCAACAGUUAGAGAGUAUCUACCGUGGUUAUUUGAGAGGUUUAAAGAGAAUGGAGGGCAAACAGAACAGAGGCGGAUCGACGAUUUAAAUGAACUGGUUGGUGUAUACGAUGUGGUUGUUAACUGUACUGGGUUCGGAAGUCGCACUCUAUUUGGGGACACUUCAAUGUUUCCUGUUCGUGGUCAUUUACUCAGGGUUAAAGCACCGUGGAUAAAGAAUUUUGUGUUUACAGAAGAUGAUGCCUAUCUUAUUCCCAAUGGCGAUUUGCUUGUAGUAGGAGGUUGUCGACAGGAAAACAAUUUUAAUCUAAACAUAGAAAGUAAAGACCGGGAAGGGAUCCUAGAGAGAUGCUUAAAGAUAUUUCCGGCUUUAAAGGGAGCUGUAAUUGAUCACGAAUGGGUUGGACUUCGACCAACACGUUUUCCCAUUCGUAUCGAGAAAGAAGUUCUACAGCUCAAAAAAGGCCCUUUAAAGGUUGUUCAUAAUUAUGGACAUGGUGCUAAUGGGAUUUCAAUGAGUUGGGGUACCAGCAAAGAUGCUGCUGAGCUAGUCAAAGAGGCAUUGCUUGGUUCAAAAUUAUGAUGCUGUAUUUUCCUUCAGUUGGGGACCAGCAUAGACACUUCAGGACUAGUCAAGGGCAUAGCUGCUUUGUAUUUCAAAAUCUAAUGCCGUGAGAAUAUAUGAAAUCACGACUUUCUUGUAGUUUAUGAAAAUAUACAUAUUGAUUUACCUAUAUGACAUGUGCAAUGUUUACCUUCUGUAUUUCAUCAGCAUAUUUUGAAAAUGAUCUUUGAUAAUCAUAUGGAAUGUGCUGGCCAUAUCUAUGUUUAUGAAAUAAUAGAUUUUGCAAAUAAACUCCGAAACUCCUGCA